AUGAAGUUGUUAGCCAAUUACAAACCAUGGGGGGGGUUGAACUCGGAAAUCGCAUCACGUUCAAAGAAAGAGAAUGAUUUGUCACCACUGCUUCAACCAGAGGCCGGUAACCGCGCUGACAGACCUCGAACUGAUCUGUUUCAACUCGCGAAGGACCUGAGGAGGUUGGAGAAGCGAGCGGCGACCGCUCAUCGUAAAAGCAAAACCUCAUCAUCUAAACUGGUAGAAAUUAUGUCAGGUGUGAUAAAGAGUGCGCAAGGCAAGUCACUUUCAUCCAGGCAGGCACUAGUUCAUCUUGGAUCCAAAGUUUCUCUACCCUACUGCCGACCGCAUUGGUCAAGGCACAAAGAUGACCUUAACACACUUUUGUAUGCAAUAGAUGGCUUCCUUCAAUGGUCACGAAGCCGCGAACCAGUUAGGGGCUUUUUAAAUAUCUCCAAUAGAACCCGGUUCAAGUGUUUCCGCUACUCUAGGGCGAAUUUGCCCGUCCCCAGCAUUCUGCCAAAACCUACCUCCUGGAAGGAAACCGAAAUUGACGAACAGCCUUCUGAAGAGUGGCAUUUGUUGCCCGAUUCCGGGGUCGAGCAGCCAGUUUCAAGCCUUCAACAGAUCACAUUUAACGUGGACAUUUUACAAAGCGAAUUCUAUGCAAUCAUUGGCCGUUUGAGUGGAUUCAGUCACGUGGUCAUGUGUGACCCGUCAAUUGUGUUACCGCCUCCUCCCGUCGUGGAUGACGAUGAGGAUGAUAAUGAUGACGAUGAAAAAGAUGACCAUUCAGACCGCAAAUCAGGGAAGGAGUCGAUCAAGGGGGAUAACGAUAAUGCGACAACUCUCCUGGAAGACACUAACCAGAAUCAGAUCACAUUUGACAAAUUCAAGCCAACUGUCAUCAGUUUAAGGCGGUCUUCAAAAGCAUCAAGAAUUUCAAUUGAGAGCGACUACAGCUGCAAACUGACGAUAUUUGCGGCAUAUAUUGCAUUAAAGUGGGUGCGUCACAUGUUGGCCGUGGGCAAAAAGCAGGGAGUGAGUGUCACCAGCGAGGUGUUCCUCGGCAGGAUAUCUGUUACCUCGCGUUCGGCAAGUUUGUUCGCCGUUCUGGACCUCUCUCCGGACACCAUCAUCACCUGUCCCAAACUCAAGGACUCUCUGAUUGAAGCGAGCGUCAACGAGCAGAAGUACGCUCUUAGGGCGUCUUUCCUUAAAGGCGGCAUCUUCUCGCGUCGGAGCGUACGAAACCUGCAGAGGUUGCCGAUGCUGCUGCUCAGUCGCAAUCGUGCUAGGUUCCGGCGAUCGCCCAACGCCUCCUGGGGAAUCGUCCCGAGCAGUCCAGCGCGCCCUCGCAGAAACCUGAUGAAGAGCGCGACAGGCGGCGAACGCUCGACCCUGUUUUCACCGUACAAGUCUUUCCGACGGCGCAAUAGCAGCACCAGUAUACACCUAGCUGCUAGACGAUCUUCAAUAACCAGCAUCUCGACACUCCAGGUGGAUCUUGCUGGAAGGGAGAGUGAAGCAAGGAGAGCCACUCUCUUUAGGCUGAUUGUCUCCUCCCCACUGACUGCCCUGAGAGCUGACUUUGGUGUAUUAAAUCGGUCCAACACUACCGAAGUUAGCAUCAUAAGUUCGGUCCUCAAAAGUCGAACAAAGCAGAGAAUUACUCGUGUGCGUGGAACAGAUGCCGUACCGUCAAGCAAAGAAAUUGAGGCGAUGUUCAAGCGUCUGCAGAUGAAGAAUGCGCCGGGGUAUCUGGCGUUGAGACCGCUACAGCGCAUUGCAGAGAGCAUCAAAUCCACACUGGCCGGACUCACAAUUAGCAUGAUGCGCGGCUGUAAAUAUCAUCAAGUCAAAGUAACUAGACUUGGGCCUACGUUAGCAUUUGUUCUUCGAAACCAAAUCCGCGAUUUGCUCAACGAGCAUCACGAGUGCGAGGAGACGAAGUGCCGAGAUCGGCCAUCAACAGAGGAGGAGAAAUCAGCGGAUAAUUCGGAUACCGCGGCGUUUCGCGUGGUCACCCACGUGACUGUGGUUGAGGCUCUUGAGCAGGGCGUAAUGACGGCUAGUCAGGCCUUGAAGGAGGACAACAUGGACACGUACUACAGCUUCGUGUACAAGGACCAGGACGCCAUCACCGUGUCAGCCGUCUACCUCAUGCGGCAGUUUGUGCGCUUCCCUAACGUCGUCAUCACCGCCAAUCCAGUCAUCCGAGAAGCCUACGAGAGGUGGUUGAACUGA